AUGCUCAGUAUCACCGCCAUCUUAGUGCUUCAAAGUACGUUGUGUCUCACUAUUAAAGUACCGGUGGCAUGGGACGAUGCUAGUGAAAAACCAGUGACACAAGACAACAGAAAUGAAUACUUCCAGUACACCGCAAACAAACCCCAGUUCGCAGUAGACGUUGCCAAAUUUCACGAUGUAAAGUUGCCAGAGAAGCACUUCGAAUCGUACCCAGUAGAACCAUUGACGGGCGCAUCGAAAGCAAACUUCGGCCAACACCAAUUACUGAAUAGCGCAUACAAGAACUACAAACCCUAUCAAAAAUAUGUGAACACGAAUCAUCAUGCCAAACCUAUUUCGAAUUACUAUGAAGUUUACCAUCCUUACCAAGCGGAAACGCCAGCUCUACAGGAGAUAUACAAGGACCCGGUUUUGCAAAAAAUAAGGAACGACGUUCGAGAUUCCAAAAAUCGGUUACAAGGAUAUGAAAAUAAUCCUGGCGAGACUGACUCCUCGAGUGAAUAUUUAGAACGUCCGGAAGAUACGGAUAAGAAAAAAGUACCUCAGCACAAUGUGCCAUUACAGUUUGAAGUUCAUAGACCAAUGAGACGUCCGAUUUACUACCAUCGAAUACCCGUCAAUCACAAUAGAGAACAUAUUUUAAAUCACAAAAUAAGGCAUCCUUGGACUCAGGAUUACGCAAAAGUAAGGCCUAUGCACUAUCGCCCCUUAAAGCAUAACAUACAACAAUUACGCCAGCAACAUGCAAUGACUUAUGAUGAUGAUCGUAACGAAUACCCACAGCUAGCCCCACCAGAAAGUUAUGAUGAGAAGCCUGAUGGUUAUGAUAUAUAUGAAAGAGGAAAAGACAAAUACCAACAAAUAAGAAACGAUUUUGAUGAAUCGAUAAGCAAAGCCGUUCAAAGUAAUCGCCCAGUAGAAAGUGAAAAGCUUGAGCUACAAAAGGAUGACUAUAAAAAUAGUGAAACAGAAAAUGAUGAGGAAAUGUUUGUGCCCAUUAAGAACUAUGCUCAAGUACGAAAGACUGAAACAUACAAACAUCUACCACGGUCAGCUGCUUUUGAUGAUGCAGAUAAUUUGGAAGAAAUAAAAAAUGCUCCAAGACUAAGAGAAGCCGUAAAGAGCAGUAAAAAUCAAGUAGUUUAUUCUGAAGAAGGGUACGAGGAUUCUGCAUACGAUCAUGCAGGUGAACAAAAACAUGCCUCAGACCAUGAAGGUCAUGGUGGAUUUUUAAAAGAGAAUGAACUUAGCAGGGGAAAAUAUAAAAUCCCAACAAUAGACACAGGAUAUUCCGACCAAGGAAAAACUUCUUCAAGAGAUCAAGUUCUACAUGGUGAAAAAUGGAACGAUGAAGAGAAGAAAAUUAAGGAUGAAAAUGAAUCUGAGGAUUAUAUAGAAGAGGAGACUGAAUACGACGAAAAGGCUGAUUUAGAAAAGCCUGAAUCAGUAGAAGACCUGUCAGAAAGAAGUAAGUGUGAAAGUAAAGGCACGGAAAAUAAUAGCACAAACGAACAUGAGGUUUCUAAACGACAAAUACCGCUAUCAAAUUUGUACAAUAUCUCAGAUGACACAACUGUAAACAAAACAUUUCGGAUAAACAAUACAAAAUCAAGCAAGCAAUUAGAAAAAUUACGACUUAAAUAUCCAUAUUAUUUCGAAAUUUCCAAGAAUCUUGACAAGCAUUCCCCACUUCGAUAUUCUGAAAAUCUCAAAUUAAUGCCAAAAAAGAAAAUAGACAACAGUGCAUUUUAUAACUCAAGAACUAGUUUAGAAUGCCCAGAAGUAGAUAGGGAGAUAAAUCCAAUACCAGAAAAGUUCAAAAACGACGAUGUCGCUAAGGGAAGUGAUGAUGAAGAUUAUAAUAAUGAUAAAGGUGAAGCAGAAUUUAAAAAUUUGAAAAACAAACAACGUUUAAAAGGGUUAGGUGAUAAAAUCGACUGCUUGAAAGCCAAAUAUUUCGGUGAAGAUCCAUUGGAUAGUCCAUUUUUUAAAGAAGAACUUAUUAAAAGCCCAGAGCCUGUAUUAAAACCGCAUUCAAAAGUAUUUUUUACCAAUAAAAAUUCUCCUGAGGACAUCCUAAUACAUGACAAAACUGAAGUAAAAACGGACACUACCACUGCGAGUAACAAUAGUAAUUUUGAAUCAACACCAGAAAAUAAACCUCUGACGCAAGAUGCGUUACUUAGAAAAAAAAGGGCAGCUGUAUUUAUGUAUGAACCAUAUAAAAUUAUUAAAGAAAGCCAAUAUCCUGAAGCAAAGAAACUCACUACUACUAGUAAUAUUAGCCCAUUAAUAAGAAAAUUACAAACAAGGCAAGUCAUCGACAAAACGCUAAACUCUGAACGUACUUACAAGGAUAUAGGAAAGAAUGAUAGACCAGUUAGUUUGAUGGAUUCCGAGUUUGUUGACAUCAGUAUGGAUCCUCGAAGAGGGGAACCGAGAUAUGAGUUGGAUUUAAAAAAUCAUCGACCUCAUUAUAGUCCAACUGUAAACAAAACUGCAAUGACUGUAGCCGAAUUUAAAACUCUAACAAAUGAAAAUGAAAACGAUAAAAAUUCUAACUUUUCAAAACAAAUUAGAGAAUCUAAAAGACUUAGAUCACCAUCGAAUAAUAAAACACACAUACAUUUAUCAAAACACCAAAACAUUGCAGCUAGCAAUAUUGUAGCGAAAAUUAUAAGUACAACUACAGAAAUAUCUCCAACUAAUAAGCAAGAAAAUAUUGAUGACGACGAAUAUGAUGAAUAUGAAGAUUAUGAGGAUGAAGAAGAUCUUGCCACAACAACAACCACAACAGAAAAAGUGGUUCAUAAAAAAAGAAUUCGUAUAGCGACUACUGCAGUACCUAAAACUACUGAAAAUCCACAUUCUAUGAAACUGCACCUUGUAACGCGUUUUCAUACAACGACCACUGAUGCACCACCAAUAACCAGCAGUGAACCACGAGAAUUUCGCAGUAAAGAACAUAACCCGGCAAAAUAUAGAGAAAAAAAGAAGAAAACGACUAAGACUACUCUUGUUACAGAUUCUGAGAGCUAUGGCGAUGACACUGACGAUAUGAAAAGAGAUGAAAUAGAUGCAAUGAUAGGUAUAAAGCAAGAUAUGAAUGACUACACGCCGUCGUAUGAGAAAGAAGAAGAAUUAAGCGAUAAAAGUGAAGAAAGUAGUGAUGAUGAUGAGAGUGAAGAUGAUGAUGAUGAAGAUGAAGAAGAAGAUGAUGAUGAAGAUUACGAAGACGAUGAAAAUGGAGACAUUGAACAAAAUGUUAGUAAAAUAGAAAAAGGAAUAAGUGAUGAAUAUGUAGACAAACAGCAAAAUCAAGGUGAGGGUAAAAAUAUAGAAAAUACUAAUUUAAAUCAGCAUACAAAAACUAUUCAGGAAAAAAGCCUCGAAAACGUUGAAAUGACAACCUCGGAACCCACUAAAAGGACCCUAGUUAGAACUACAGAGCCAAGCUCAACAACAGAAGUACUUUAUAGAGAUAUGCAACCUAAAGUAUUCAGGAAAAAGGUUGAAGUACAUAGAGAAGUACCUGUUAAUACUACAUCACCGCAUAAAACGCAUUAUAAACAGGAUAUCAAAGAAGUUGAGAUAAUAAAAGAAUUAGACAUGCCAAAAAUAAAAAAUGAAAAUCCUGCAUCGUUAGAUCUUUAUAGAGAUGAAAACUUAGCAAAAGAGAUUAACAAUUUAGGUGAUAUUGAAAUAUUUAAAGAUGACCUUGAUUUAGAAUCAGGUCCACGACACGGUGGUAAUUACAGGAGUAUACAGAGUGAAGACAUAAGCUCAAGAGAUGAUGCGAGAAGUGAUGUCGACAGUUCUGAAACAAAAACUAAAAAAAUAGUCCAGUUAGAAACAUCAACUGUCAAUAAAAAGCAACAGGGCGACAAUUCACGAAAGGGACGCUACAAGGAUAAUAGCAAAGAAAAAGUAUCCGACACAUCUACAGGAAGUACUAAGCGCAAUGAAAAAAGGCGACGAAAUAAUAAUGAAAAAAGUGCGAAACUUAUAGAAUUACAGGAUGAUGACGAUUUUGAUACUAGACACAUGCACGGUGGAAACUUUAGAGCACACGUAACGAGAAAUAAUAACAGACCAAUGCACGGCGGCAACUACAGAAGUGGUAAACUGGUAAACAGCGAAGACGUGACAACAGAGGCAGGUACCAUAAGAAGAAACACUUCCCGGAAAAGAAACAGAAAAAGUGAAGCAGAGUUAUUAAAUGCUUAUGCGAAAGCUGUAUCUGAAAUAACAACAACUCCUGCUUACAUCUUAGAUCCUAGUAAAAGAAUGUAUUAUUAUUUAGAAUAA